UCGGGGCCCAGGGCGCCGCGGGUGGGCAAGAACAGCACCUCAGGCCAGGGCUUCCCCCCCAUGCCCGCAGCCUGCAGAGCCCCGCGAGAAGACAGCCCUGAUCUCCAAUGCUCCCCAGCGGUGUCUCUGGGCAGCUUGUGGGAACACAUCUCCCCCGAGCUCCCUGAUGCCACGGAGCUGCCCAAGAACAUGAACAAGAAGCUGAGGAACAGGACGACUUUCAGCACCUUCCAGCUGGACGAGCUGGAGAAGGUCUUCCAGAAAACCCAUUACCCAGACGUGUACACCCGAGAGCAGCUGGCGCUAAGGACGGACUUAACAGAAGCCAGGGUGCAGCUGCAGAACAACCUGUGGCCCAGCGCAGGCGCGGGGAGCCCGGCAGGCCCCUGCCUGAUGGCCCCCGAGAGCGUCCCUUCCCCCUGCGUGUCUCCAUACCCCCACGCCCAUGGGACCAUCGCUGAGUUCAUGGGCAUCCCUGGUUCUCCCAGCCACCACCACGGGAUCAACUCCCUCUGCGGCUUCCCGCCUUCCCUCAGCAGCCCCGGCUUCAGCAACCGCAAGUCCCCGGGCCUCGGCACGCUGGGGAGGAGACCCAAAGAGCCCGCCGGCCUGCUGGACUGGACCACGUGA